GGAGUGAGGAGCUCUGCAUGUGAGCUCCUCUCUCCUUCUCUACAUGGUCCCGGGCAGAAGAGGUCUCGGCAGCUGGGAGGGCGGGCGGUUGCUCAACACAGAAGUUGCCGUCUCAAUAUUGAUCGUUUAAAACAACAAUCACCGCAGAAUGUGGCAUGUUAAUAAGCGGAUUUUAUUUGCAGCACUUUAAUAAUGCAGGUACGUUCUCCAACCGAGUGUAGCACUUCCUCUUUUUAAGUUUGCAGUUUGUGCAAGUUUACUCGGAGGAAAGUACUGUUGCUUUUCACAGAACAUCGCUGCCCCAGUAUUAUGAAUCUAUCUGUCUGCUUAAUAAAUAUUUCUUAAUAUGCAACAGUUGGGGUUAGGUGUUCUGUCUGCCAAUCUUGAUCUGACAAGAAAACUGCGAUAGCUCACCCUCUUUCUAGAGGGGUAAUCCUCAGCAUGCUGGCCACCCACCAAGCCAUGUGGAGAUGAUUUGGUACCAUGGACUCACAGAUUCUUCUGUGGUCUUCCUGCUGUUGCUGUUGUGUUUCACCCCAUCUGAUCCAGACAAGAACUGCUUCUUUGCACAGUCUCCUUUUCCUACUACUAACACUCAUGAAAAUGUCAUUCAAAAGUUGAGAGAUUUCCUGCUCUUGGAUUACCCAGUCUCUGAACCAUCCAACUUGAAACAGGAUGACUUCUGCAGGGAAUUGUGGGAACUGCAUUUCAUCAACAGAACACUGACCUGCAUGGAAAAUGUGGCUGGGAAAAAUCUGUCCGAAUUUAUUAAGGACCUAAAGUACAGCCUCGACUUUUUCGACGAGUGUAUUAUUGAAGAUGGCUGUGUCAGGUUUAAGAAGACAAACAUCUCUCAGGUGCUGGAUUCCUUUUCCAAGCACUAUACCAAACUGAGGACUAAGAUGGGUACAGCCAAAAACAAAGGGGUCCGUAACUUCAGCAACUGCACCUUUAUUCAGUGUCAACCAGAGCCUCAUACUAUCCCAGUUACCAUAUACACUGCACCGAGGAGAAAAGACAUCCAGCCGUCUCAACCAACCUCCUCUGGAAGAAGUUACUGGGGGUGGCCUCCAAUCCUUUUGGUCUUCCUUCCAUUUAUGAUACUUCUAUGCAGUAAACCACUGCAGAGACACCUGAGCCGGCAAGAACCUGAAACUUUGAGCCUACAGAACAUCUCUUAGGAAAUAAGCAGCAAUGCAAGAGAUUUGAAUUGAUGACCUCUUCCCAAAGUGAAUAGGACAGCACCCUUUCGCUAAUGCACCUUCAACAGCAACACAUUUUCUGUUGCCACUUUUCUUGCUGGAAGACUAAACUUUCAGAUCACAAAGGGCUUCUGCAUGGAGGUGGAGGGUUGGAGAGCAGGAAAUUGAAGAAUGUUUAUGAAAGAAACCCGGCCAUCAAUUGUGCCACCAGAUGGUGCUAUACUGCCAUUUUUAUUUUGAGACAGAGAGAGAGAAAGAGAGAUUAUUUUAAUAUAUAUAUUUUAUUUUGUAUAAAUAAAGACAAUGUUUCAUA